AUGCAUCUACAAUCUUUCUUUUCGGUUGUUCUUUUCCUCGCACCACAGGUGUGGACUUUGCCAGCCGAUGUUGAUAGACAAUCGGUUUUGGAUAUCACCUUGAGUCAAGUGGGGAAUACCCAGAUCAAGGCUGUGGUCAAAAAUAUUGGUGAAGAGGAAGUGACCUUUGUGCACUUGAACUUCUUCCGAGAUAAUGCACCAGUGAAGAAGGUUGCAGUUUAUCAAAAUAAUGCCCAAAUUAAGUUCGAAGGCAUCAAGCGGCGCAUCAAAUCCCAGGGACUUACUGCAGAUGCACUCACCACGCUCGGAGUUGGAAAGACGGUAGAAGAUGUAUUCGACAUUGCCUCGACUACAGACCUCUCCCGCGGGGGCUCUUUGACGGUCCAUGCCAAUGGAUUAGUUCCUCUCGUACGCGAGGGAGCAGUCAUCCGCCAUCUACCAUACCACUCUAAUCGCCUCAAGAUCAAGGUCGAUGCCGUUGAAGCAUCCCAGGUCGUGAAGGCCAUCCCGACUUUAGACCACCAUACUUUGAACCGCCGUACAAAAAUAAGCUGCAAUAACGCGACUCUGAACCAACAAUUCACGGAUGCGCUGCGCAAGGCAUCUUCCCUAGCUGCAGCCGCAGCAACUGCCGCUCGAGAGGGUUCCGCAGACAAAUUCCAGGAAUAUUACAAGACCACCAACGAUUCGGUACGAGCAACGGUGGCGGCUCGGCUUGACGCGGUCGCAAGAGAGGCUAAUUCGACGACAUCAUCCACCACUUAUUAUUGCAGUGAUGAGUUUGGGUAUUGCGAUAGCAACGUGCUAGCAUACACGAUCCCAUCCCAAAAUGCGAUCGCAAACUGUGACAUGUAUUACUCUUAUUUGCCGGAAAUCUCUGAAAGUUGCCAUCACCAGGAUCGUGCAACAACCAGUCUGCACGAGUUCACUCAUGCUCCCGGGGUCUUUAGUCCGGGAACAGAGGACUAUGGAUAUGGAUAUGCAGCAGCGACUGCUUUGCAGGAACCUGAGGCAGUGUUGAAUGCAGAUACAUAUGCGCUGUAUUCGAACGGUAAGUUCCGCCCUUCCCCAUGGAGAAAGCAGAACUGA